AUGCUGCAAUCGUCUUUUAACAAUCAUGCAAUUCUCUCAACUCCAAAGCUCUACCGUCAUCCUUUGCCAUCAUUGAUUUUGUUAUUGUUGCAGUCGUGUUUUGACAAUCAUGCAAUUCUCUCAACUCCAAAGCUAUACAGUCAUGGUUCUCCACAAAAGGUUCAUUUAUCGGCUCCUCAAUCAAAACAACUCUAUACAUCCAUCGUUAAUGAUCAUGCAUUCAUUAUCGCAGACACAUGUUGGAUAAACUAA